CUCGCCGGAGCCGCGGCCGGAGGGAGCGCCGGGGACCUGGAGCCAUCCAGCGCCGGCGCCUCCUCCCGGCGCGCACGCCCCCCAGGGGGGACAGCGCCGCCGCCUUGGAAGAGCACCCCGGCUUCGGCGGGGGCAUCCCCCAGGCGCGAGGGCCGGCGGUGCCGGCAGCCUCGUUCUCGGCCCGUGGAGCGCAGCGCUGGCGCCAGAGGGGACUCCCCGGUCAACCGCAGGGACUGCCGUGCGGAGAGCGCGUCGCUAGCAGCCACGCUGGGCUGCAGAAGCGAUUGGAGCCGAGGGGCUCCCGGGCCGGCGAAGGGCAACAGCGGAGCCCAGAGGGAGAGCCGGCGGGACGGCCCGCCGGCCCCGACGGCGCGCUCCCCGGGCGGCCAACUGCGGGCAGGCCCCACGCGGCGGCCGGGAGGGCGGCGGCGCCCGCGCGCUUCGGGGCCUCGGGGCGGCCAGCCAUGACCUUCGGGCGCAGCGGGGCGGCCUCGGUGGUGCUGAACGUGGGCGGCGCCCGGUACUCGCUGUCCCGGGAGCUGCUGAAGGACUUCCCGCUGCGUCGCGUGAGCCGCCUGCACGGCUGCCGCUCCGAGCGCGACGUGCUCGAGGUGUGCGACGACUACGACCGCGAGCGCAACGAGUACUUCUUUGACCGGCACUCGGAGGCCUUCGGCUUCAUCCUGCUCUACGUGCGCGGCCACGGCAAGCUGCGCUUCGCGCCGCGGAUGUGCGAGCUCUCCUUCUACAACGAGAUGAUCUACUGGGGCCUGGAAGGCGCGCACCUCGAGUACUGCUGCCAGCGCCGCCUCGACGACCGCAUGUCCGACACCUACACCUUCUACACGGCCGAAGAGCCGGGCGCGCUGGGUCGCGACGAGGCGCGACCCGGCGGUGCCGAGGCAGCCCCCUCCCGGCGCUGGCUGGAGCGCAUGCGGCGGACCUUCGAGGAGCCCACGUCGUCGCUGGCCGCGCAGAUCCUGGCCAGCGUGUCGGUGGUGUUCGUGAUCGUGUCCAUGGUGGUGCUGUGCGCCAGCACGCUGCCCGACUGGCGCGCCGCGGCGGCCGACAACCGCAGCCUGGAUGACCGGAGCAGGUACUCCGCCGGCCCUGGGAGGGAGCCCUCCGGGAUAAUUGAAGCUAUCUGCAUAGGUUGGUUCACUGCGGAAUGCAUUGUGAGGUUCAUCGUCUCCAAAAACAAGUGUGAGUUUGUCAAGAGACCCCUGAACAUCAUUGAUUUACUGGCAAUCACACCGUAUUACAUCUCCGUGUUAAUGACAGUAUUUACGGGCGAGAACUCUCAACUCCAGAGGGCUGGAGUCACCUUGAGGGUGCUUAGAAUGAUGAGGAUUUUUUGGGUGAUUAAGCUUGCCCGUCACUUUAUUGGUCUUCAGACACUUGGUUUGACUCUCAAACGAUGUUACCGAGAGAUGGUUAUGUUACUUGUCUUCAUUUGUGUUGCCAUGGCAAUCUUUAGUGCACUUUCUCAGCUUCUCGAACAUGGGUUGGACCUGGAAACAUCCAACAAGGACUUCGCCAGCAUCCCUGCUGCCUGCUGGUGGGUGAUUAUCUCUAUGACUACAGUUGGCUAUGGAGAUAUGUAUCCUAUCACAGUGCCUGGAAGAAUUCUUGGAGGAGUUUGUGUUGUCAGUGGAAUUGUUUUAUUGGCAUUACCUAUCACUUUUAUCUACCAUAGCUUCGUGCAGUGUUAUCAUGAGCUCAAGUUUAGAUCAGCUAGAUAUAGUAGGAGCCUCUCCGCUGAGUUCCUAAAUUAACGCAUUGCAAAUCAAUUCUUGCAUACAUUUCAUUUGAUCGAGUUGACGCUACUUCAUAUUCAUGCGUUUCUUGCUGGGUGAGCACUGCAGUGGUACUGUCAUCACCUUGGUAGAGUAAAAAUUGUCCUUCCCAGCUGAAGGGAUAAAACAAUUUACUUAUUAUGGAGUAAAUAUGAUUGAGACUGCAAAGGAAAAGGAGUGACUCCUAGAGUAAAUUUUAGGACCUUAUUUUAUUUAGACUUGUCUCCUCCUUGCCUUGAACAAUUACACUUUUUGUGUUUGUUUUAAAGUAUAUUAUUUGAACAUUUUAAAACCAAAAGCUACUAUUUUGCAAAUGUUUUUCCAUCUUGUGAAUGCAGAAGAAGCUUGGAAGUUGUAGUGAUUUUUGUUGGAGAGUAACAUUUUCAUUUCUAAAUGUUUUAUAAUCUCUCAUAUCAAUGUCAGAAGUAUCCUGGAAACAUAUGUCAUAUGCAGGAACUGUUUAACAAAUACUUUAAAAAUUUGGCCAAAUUUUAAACUGUAUAGUGGAGCAAGUAGAUUCAAGCAAGAACAGUAUUUUAAAAACUUCUCCAGCGUAUUUCUCAAUUAUCGGAUUUAUUUUUGUUCCUAUUAUUCAUCUUAUCAUACAGCUUCGUGGAAGCUUGAGUAUGUUCUUCCUUUUCCAUUUUGGAUUUCUUUUUUCUCUGUCCUGAAAUGACUCAAAAGAGUAUUUGUAUUGUUUAGCAUUUUAUUGGAGUUCAUUUUAUUCGAUUUCAUUGCUGUUACUAGGUGAUAAUUGCCCUAACAUUCAGAUGUUCAGACAAGGAGAUUUCCAACAUUAAAAUUAUAAUAGAAAUAGUUUGAUAUUACAACCCAUAUUUAUGUUCUUCUGCUCUUAAUUUUUUUUGCCAAACAUCAUGGGUUUAAUAAGACAAGAUGAAAGGAUAUUUAUGUAGCCGUUUUAUACCAAAGUCAUACUUGAAUGUUGUUGCUGGGUUAUCGUAAAAAAAAGAAAUUAUUUCCCUACUCUUGGUUGCUGUGUAGCCAAGCCAAUUUAAAGCCAGCUAAAAGCAAUGAGUACAUAAUUAUUUGAGCUGAUCUUCACCAUUGUCAAUUAUAGCUAUGCCAAAACUUCUUGUAACAAUAUUGACUAAUAUGCCACACUAAUCUGGGUAGGUUGUUAGGACUAGAUAAUGUAAAACUGAUGAUUGUUUAGUGCUAAAUUUUAGCAAUCUGAAUUAGGAUUUUAUUUUGUUAGUCAGUUUCCAUAAAGCUGUCAUUAUAGAAACAAAAAAUUACAGUCAUAGAUUCAUGAAUAAUUUAAUGGUGUACACUGUAAUUUAGUGGGGGUGGGAGGCAGAGCAGAGGAGAUGGAAAGGGGACCUGAAUAUAUUUAUCAAAGAAAGGGUUAACGGAGGUGUUCAUUAAAGGAAUAUUAGCCAUCGUCUAGUUCACAUCUCAGGUAGUACAGGUAGAAAACUAGGGCAAGAGAGGAUAUGACUGUGAAGGUGUUGAGGCUAAAACUAGAUCUCUAGGAACCUAGACCAGCAGCUUCUUCUUAACACACCUUUGGGUUUCAAGAAAAGCCUUGAGAAGCCACACUCUUUGCUGUUGCUACUGCUGAGGUAAUAAUAGCAAAACCAUUCCUUUUCCCUAAUUUACUUUCCUGAGUUUAGAUAUUUUUGGCCAGUAAGAUUCUCACGCCAUCUUGCCUACUAUUGCACACUGGCAUGUUACAUAUUACAUACUCAAAAUAAACUCUGUUAUUUGUUAUAUAUUUACUGUAUUUUAAUAUAUUUGAAAUACAUAGCAUGGAUUUAUUUUUUCUUACCUAUUUUAAUUAAGGCUUUGUGAUUUAUGCAAAUAACAGGCAGGUGAUAGCACCCCUACAUCACUAGCAAGAAUAAGACAGCCAGCAACGUUUCUGGCACUGAGAACUCUUCAUGAGAAUAUGUCUUAUCUCCCCAAGUAAAGUAUAACUGUCUUCAGGUCUGGGGUCCUCUCUCACACACACCUUCAUGUCCCCAUAGCAUCUAUGAUAGACUUGGGCACAAACUGUUGACUGAUUUGGGAAGAGAAACUGCUUUUUUGAAGAGACGAGGAGAACUGUAUACCUGUAUGUGUAUGUGUAGAGCCACUUGUGUGAAUACACAAGCAGACUUUGAGUAACUAUCGAGAAGUCUCUUGUUGGUGAUGCCAGAGUUUUCAUAGGACCAGUUCUCACAAAGGAGCAUAUUAGAUACAUGCUAAUGGCAGUUCAGCCACCCAUGUACUGAGGAUGAUGAUGAGACCUGAUAGGAUAGUUCUUUCAUGAGUGAAAAAAAAUGUAUAUCAUGGGUGUUGUAGCUUUUUAGGAACAGAAGCAUUUUCUUAUAGCUUUCCCUGAAUGUUACUGCCUUAAAAAAAUAAUAAUUGAGUAGCACUUCUUUCAUAGUUGUACUUUUAGAGAUUUCUCAUAACUCAGUCUUCAUGGCAGAAAUGCUUUUAUUAGGACCUAUAUUAAUCUCAGUAAGUCAGACAUUAUCUUAAAUUAGAACGCCCAAGGAGGAAAGAGAAAGCCCAAACGUUUGUUCUCAUUUUACCACACCUGAGCUUAUGUGACUUGAUCUUAUGUGUGACUUGUUUUGUAUCCUCUAAAGUGGAAUUUUUCAGAAUUAAAGAUCUAAAAUUAGGGAACACGUUUGAAAGUGAACACACUCUAGCAAUUGAAGGUCUCCUUCCUCUUUUUUCUUUUAUGGCUCUGUUGCUGUUGCUGCUGCUACAGUUAUACUUGCUUUUGUCUUGCGUUUUGUAGUUACUUAUAAGCAGACGUUUCUAAGUUCUUACUUUCUUAAAAAUGUGGAAAUGUAUUCUUUCAUGGUGGCUGUCAGUAAGUCAAAAUAAUAUUUCCUGUUCUUAAACUUUUGUCCAGAUGUCCUAGGUCUCCAAUGAUCCUGGAGGAGGAGAGAUGGGAUUAAGUUGGAUGUUGGUAUUGGAAGAAUUUUCUCUGUUGGCUUGAUAUUUUCUAGAAGCAGUUUAUUUUUCCUCUUUGCUAUAGAAAUGAAAAAUAAGAAACUGAAAACUCCUAGCUCUGUUUUACCAUUAAGCUUAUAUAACUCCAAAUUUAACACGUAGCUUCACAAAAUAUUUCCAGCGCCCUCUGACCCUACAUAAACGUCCAUUCACUUAUGGUAUCCGAUAUACAUUCCAGUCAGAUGUGGUGUAAGUAUUUCAUAGGGUCAUAGUAAACUACAACUGAAGGGCCCUGGAGACCUUCUGGUUUACCUUGUCCCUUCCCGCGUCGUUUAUCCCAUCCAGAUGUUAGCAGCCAGGCAGCUGUGCUCCGUGUGGGUUGUGAUUUAGCCGUCGUCACCCACAGGGAGACCAGCUUACCCUGGUUUGCCUGAAACUUUCUUGGUUUUAGCAUUAAAUGCGCCCCCAUCUUGGGAAAUCCCUUAGUCUCAAGUGAACUGGGGCAGUUGGGCGCCCUCGUGUCAGAACAGGCCUUAGAAACCUGGUUUUCAGACUUCUGAUUCAGUGCUCUUUAGACAUACUUUUUUGCUGGGGGGAGAGGGAAGGCACAAAGGAUUUCUCUUAAAGAUAUUUUCUUUGGGGUUUUAGGGGUCCCUUUUUAUAGCUCAUAUAAAAAUCAGGCAUUGCUUUUAGAUGCUCUAGAUAUCAGGAAGGAGGAGGGGGACCAGUGUGUAGGGAACUCGGAUUUUUAGUAGAGUUUUUAAAUUUCAAAACGUCACAGUUGCGCUCUCAUUCACAUAUAUGCAAAUAAAUGCAGUUAUUUCAUAGUUUAUCAUUGCAUUAUUUAGAAGGGCCAGGUUGAGAAAUGUCAUAACUGAAGAGGAAGUAACAUGGGUUGAAGCUUUAAUGGAAUGUUCUGGAAAAAUUCCAUUUUGGUCAGGGAAGGUUUCACACACUUCUCUGUUUGUUCGGCAUGCUUUCAUAUGGUGUUUUGCUUCCUGCCUUUCCAGACCCAUCUGUACUUGGAGGACUGGGCAUAUCAGUUCUGCCCUUGAAAGUAAACUAAUAAUUUGCUGCCCCAUACUGUUGAGCCUUCCAUAGACUUGUGAAAUGUCAUCCACAAGCCUCAUUCUGUCAUUGACUUUUAUUUUUCUUUUAUCAAUUCCACAGGCCUAAACUUUCAGAUUUUUCCACUUCUCCCAGACAUUCCCAAUAAGCACAUAAACUUUUGACUGUUGGUGUGGCUCAGUUGUCAGUUUAUUAUUUGUUAUGGAAUUGAAUUGGAUAAUCUGCAUUUAUGCUAUAUUUUGAACAAAUUAAUUUUACGUAGCUCUGGUGAGGAUCCUUUGAUUUAUAUUUUAAA